AUGAAUUAUGGACAUGGAGAAACGUCAUUUUUUAUAUAAUUUCUUUCUGUCAAAAAUAUGUUCAAAAUUACUUGUGUUAUUACUAAAUUAACAAAUUACCGCAAUAUUUCUACAACUUUCUUAGCAACUGCGGGGAAUGUGCGGGUCAGAUUUGCUCCUAGCCCUACAGGUCAUUUACAUUUAGGCGGUUUGCGAACAGCUUUAAUAAAUUACUUGUUCGCAAAAUCAAGACAUGGGAAAUUUAUUCUUCGAAUAGAAGAUACCGAUCAAACUCGUCUGGUACCUGGAGCUAAGGAGCAACUAAUUAAGGAUUUAGAAUGGGCUGGUAUUAUCCCUGAUGAAGGACCAAAGUAUGGGGGAUCACUUGGUCCUUACAUACAAAGUCAACGGAAGAAAAUAUACAAUGAUGAAGUCCAAGAGUUAUUGCAAAACAACUCUGCUUAUCAUUGUUUUUGCACUCCAAAGCGACUGAAUUUAUUAAAACGAGAAGCACUUCGGAAUCAACAAGUACCAAAGUAUGAUAAUGCCUGUCGAAAAUUAUCAAAAGAUGAAGUAAAAAGAAAACUCGACAAGAAAGAACCUUAUUGUAUUAGAUUUAAAUUAACACCAGAUGCAAGCCCAUUUGAAGAUAUUAUUUAUGGCAAUAUUGCUUUGGAUAUUGCACAGCAAGAGGGUGAUCCAGUUAUUAUAAAAACUGAUGGCAUGCCGACAUAUCAUUUUGCUAAUGUUGUUGAUGAUCACUUGAUGGGAAUAACUCACGUUUUGAGGGGUGUUGAAUGGCAAAUAUCAACACCGAAACAUAUUCUGCUGUAUAAAGCAUUUGGAUGGGAACCUCCCAAGUUCGGUCACUUGCCUCUUUUACUGAACAGUGAUGGAUCAAAACUUAGUAAACGUCAAGGUGAUAUUACAGUAGAUGCUUAUAGAAAAUCAGGAAUUUUUCCACAAGCAUUAGUUAAUUUUAUAACAUUAAGUGGAGGUGGAUUUGACAAAUUGCAAAGUUUGAAACCUAAAAGCUAUUCAUUAGAUGAGCUAAGGGAUCAUUUCAAUUUACGUCGUGUUAAUAGUAACUCCUGUCGUCUUCCUGAGGAUCGAUUGCCUGAAUUUAAUAGACUUGAAAUACAAAGACUUUUAAAUAAUCAAGUAGAUAGGGUUAACUUAAUAUCACAAUUAAGAAAUCUUGUGAUAGAAAAAUAUGGCGAGUCAGAAUUACUGCACCUGGACGAAGAACAUCUAUCAAGUGUACUUAUAUGGUCUCAAGAUCGAGUAAGCAAACUUCAAGAAUUAUUGAGUGAAAAUUUAGAAUUUCUUUGGAAAUUGCCACCAAAACCAAAAAAACCACCAUCUGGUGAUUUGAAAGAUUUUCUAAUCGAACUUAAGAAUUCCUUAAUUACCACAUACACAUUUGAAAAAGAACAAAUCAAAACAACAUUGCAUAUGGUUAGCAUGAAUAACAAGGAAGAUUUUAAAAAUUUGAUGGCAGAACUUCGAAAAGUCUUAAGUGGUUCCAAGGUUGGUCCUCCAGUAUCAGAAAUGAUCACAAUAUUAGGAAAAGAAAGCACCCUGAAACGCAUUUCAAAUGCUCUACACCAAAAUAAUGAAGGACUCCAAAAUUGUUAUAGUGAAUUUCGUUCCAAGAAACUUUGAUAGUUUUAGUUUUGUAAAUUGUUUGUUUUUAUACAUAGUGUUUAAUAAAAUGUUGAGUAUUGUAUAAAAUAUUGUCAUAUUUGUGUGAAACAAAACUAAGAUGUGGA